AUGCCAACUCAACCACUAACGAAAAAAUCUCUUUCCCGUCAUCAAAAACAUGAAACAACAUCGAGUGAUGAGGAUGAAGCACCGGAAAUGGUACAAAGUAGCAAGGCUAAACUGGCUGUUGCAGCACUUGCAGAACAAGAAUUGAGAAAACAAAGUGUUCGGGAUAAGAAAUUGAAAAAGUUAACGAAAAAAUCGGAAAAACGAAAACAUUCGGAAGAGCAAGAGGAUGUGGUAGAUGCGGAAGCAUUACAUGAUACUACAUCAUCAUCAACAAAAAAAAAGAAAUUAUUGGAUACCGCUGUUUUGGAUUUUCUAGUUCAACAAGAUGAAAAACAAGAAGCAGCUUUGGAGUCAUUAGCCUCUACAAAAACACCUCAAAUUCAAGCAACCUUAGAGACGGCAGCACCCAAGAAAUCACGUUCCAAGAGAUUUGUAGAUUUGAAAUUGGAGGCCACACUUGCAAAGGAGAAGGUCGAUCCAUUUACUGUGAAAACUGAGGUCGAUCCAGCCGUUUUGAAAUUUUUACAUUUAGAAUUCUACAAGAAGAAUCACAGGAAAGAUACUGCAAAAUUUGUCGAUGCAAAGAGAAGCACUGUUGUACCAGCCUCAGACUUUUUUGGAAAACAACGAUGGUUGACAGAGCAAGUGUUUCUCAAUCCCUAUGAUUUACAACAUUAA